GGUCAUUCGAUGGCCAUCGCCCGCGGCAGCGAGCUGAUCACGCUCCUCUGGGCGUUGCUCUUCCAUGUUGGGAUCGUUAAUAGGCCGGAUCUGGGGUCCGGACGCGCCCCAUGCCGGCGAUGAUGGCAUUCAUUGCUGCCACCGGCCGGCGGGUCUGCCACUCUGCCUUGCUUGCGGUCUUCUUCUUGGGCGUCGUCUCUGCUUCUCCAGAGGCAAAAGCAUGGCGUGUUGGGCAACAAGGGCACUGUACUGCAUCACAAGCUAGCCUCCUCAUGCAUGGUGAGUACUUUGAUGAGGUGCUUGCCGUCCAGCACAAGACUAGAAUGAGGAAUGUUUGGUCCAGAGCUGCUGGAUGUUCGCGUCGACUUUUUGCUGGGCUAGUGGCCUUCCCCUUCCAUUGGUCCUUGAACAAAGUGACUACCGACUAGUGAAUACUGACUAUCCCCAGAUGCCAACACCGAAAAGAAAAAGAAGGACGUACGGCACGGUUAGCUUUUGGCCAGCCCAAGGUGCUGCAGAUCAAUCAUAACAGGAAAUCGUGCAUCCGUACCAAGGCUCCCUGAAUAAUCAGGACCAGGAUUACAUUAGAUGCAUGGUCAUGGUCCCUCGAAGAUAUAAGGCUGUUGCAAGCUAGCAAAGCAAAAAUUAAAGCAGGAGGCCUAAAGCGUAAAGGCGAAACCCAUGUUUGGCCUUUGAUGCUCCUGCUGUACUACUACCCAGUGUAUAUUAUCAUCUAGUCUAUCUGUACCUUCAAGAAUUUUUUUUCGACCUAUUGCAGUAGCAUAAAAAAUGUCCCCGAAACCCCUUUCACAAAUGCCAUUCGUAGUGUUAGAAUUACUAGUAUAUGCUAUUUUUUAUAAUGGUAGAGGUGCGUAAUUUAUAUAUGGUAUAUAGAUUGAGAGGGUUCUUUUAGACUAUUUUUUAUAAUGGAGGAUGUGAUUAAUUUUUUAGAAAACUUAAUAGGUCAAUGCAUAUUAUCAUCAAUGAAGAUUAGAGUCCACCAGUAUAUUUCUCAUUUUUAUGAGAAUGUAUAGGAUUUAUCUUUUUUUUUUCUAGCAGGUCUCAUGACGAUUAAGUGAAGGCUCUAAAAGGAAUAUCCAAUUAAUAAUAGUAUGAUAGAUAUUUUUCUUAGAUAGAGCUUAUCUUCCACAAUUCUUAGUUGUUGCUUUGGAGUUUAUUUUUCAUCUGGUGAGAUAAUUGGUUGUUAGAAAAUUACAUAACAAAAAAACUAGAAAAUAAGAACUCAGUCAUUUCAAACAUAAAUUUCCCAAACAUGUGAAAAUCUCGGCCAAUUUUCAGUCUAAGGGCGUGGCAAUCAUCUUCAAGACAUGGGAAAGAGUACCUAGGUACAAACAGUCAAAGCAGACUGCAUGUGGGCAAAGCUAGAUUCUUUCGAAAGAUACAAAGUCACUGGCCGGGCCACACGGAAUAAAGAAGCGCACGCCUCUUCGACCUGAACUGCUAUGGGAUGUGGAUGACAGUUGCAAUGCCCUUCAGGUUGAUGCAUGCUUACUCUUGCAUAUGGCCUCUCAUCUGCACAAGCCUUUGAGCUAUACAUGGGUGAGGCCAUUGCAUGCGCAGCUAGAGAUCUCCACCUAAAUUAUGCUAAUAGCAGGCUCUAUGGAUCCAGAGAGACCUACCGGGAUGAUCUGCUCCAAUGCUGCAAUGCAGGAACAGUUGCGCUGCCCCAGCCUCGCUGUGGCUGCCUUCUACGACACCAUGGAACGGCAGAUAUGGCUGGGGAACGCGCUGCUGCUCACGGGCGCUGCCAUGACCGGAGUCAUGGUCGGGAUAGGCAGCUAUGGCCGGCGCUACCGCCACCACCGCUUCACCCGCUUCAUCUUCCUCGGAGCCAACACGCUGUUCCUGCCCAUCAUCUCCUACGUCGUCUCCACCCUCGGCAACAACUCCAAUGACUACGUCAACCGGCACAAGGACCGCAUGACGACCUUGGCCGCCUUGUGCGACUCGGUGUUCCACCCCUGCAUGAUCAUAACAUGGGCGUUCCUUUUCCAGAUCGCAGCGAUCAAUACUACCUCGGUGGUCGCCAUUGAUAGCAGAGAGGGUCGUAGGGUUCGGCCUCCUCCGGAGCUACUUCUCAAGGGGGUCUGGAUCUUCUACCUGGGUGCUAGCAUCACAAAGAAACGUUUCUUCCAUGGGCUCUUCCGCUUCUCAUCUAGUGAAGACCACGAACCGCUCACCCUCAUCUGUUCAAAGAUUAUGUUCACUCCCUUUGCUCUCGUGUGUGCCAAAAUUUGGCUCAAAUGUUACUCAUUUGGAAAGGCCAGGAAAUCCUUUGCACUAGGACGCAAUCCUAGUCUUGUUUUUGGGUAUAUGCAGCAGCUACAACGACAGCAAGGGAGAUGCGGAUGGAAUGGUGAGGAUGAGCUUCCUCCUGCUCUCUUGGUUAUGGGAGAAGACAGUAGGAAAGUGGAGAAGCAACCUUGGGGGUAUGUGUUCAGCGAGAUAUGGACACCGGCCAUUGACAGCACCGGCUUGGUGACCCUUGACAGAGUUUGGCAGUUGGACAAGAUGCUUCCGACAUCAUCAACACCAAGCAGACCAAAAGACCUAUGCCUGCCCUUUGCAUUGUUCAAGUUGCUGAGGUGUCGAUUCGCGAGGUACGACCUCGCCAAUGUUGGGCUCAAGUUCUUCUGGAGCUUGUUGCUGAAGGACGGCGAGCAUGACAGGGUGUUCAGGGUAAUUGCAGACGAGCUCUCGUUCCUUAAUGAUUACUACUACUCAUCACUCGCAGUAUCCUACUCCAGGUGUUGGCUACCUAUCCUGAGCAUCCUUAUCUCACUCUUGAGCAUGGGUUACUGCGUCGUGGCUGCAUACUUCAUCGUUGUGUUCGCAGCUCAGGUGCACAAGCAAGGCCGCAAUCAAAUCCACUAUGUAUUCUGGUGCAAUAAGCUGCAGGCCGUGAGCAAAUCUCGGUCUAAAAAGUUUGGGAGCUUGUACUUAGAUGUGGUGCCGGAAUUUCUGCUUCUUGUUUUGGUCCUAAUUGCUGAGGUGAGGGACGUGACUUCCUACAUCUGCUCCAACUGGACAAAAGUAGCCCUCAUAUGCCACUGUGUAAAAACUGCCGCUUUGCAACAUCCACUGGGAGUGCCUAAAUGGAUUGUUAGCCUUUUGCUGCAGUGUAGAUGCAAGAUAACGAAUCACUGGGAUGAAAAAAUAGGCCAGUGUUCAGUACUGGUGCUUCACCCAACUGCAAGGACAACCCUGCUCAGUCUUCUCAGUCGUCUCUUCCAUUUGCCAGAUCAGAAGACAAGGGUCGAGGUGCCAGUGGCAGUGAAAGUUUGCAUUGUGGAUGCACUUAGAACCGCUGCCAGCAGCAAUGGGUGCCAACUAGGCAAUGGCAGAACAUCUCUGCACCGGAGCCAAGUUGGAAAAGGCUUCCUCUGGGCCUGCAAUGGCAAGAGCACAUCUGACACCAUACUUACAUGGCACAUCGCCACAUCCAUUCUUGAGGUGAGGCACCCUUUUCGGCAUGAUGAUCAAGAGCAUGGUUCUUCUCCAGUUUCAGAUCAACGAAAGAUUGCUGCUACCCACCUGUCAAGGUACUGUGCGUACCUUAUGACCUGGUCCCCAGAGCUUCUUCCUGACGAGGAAGCAUGGAGCAAGGGCCUGUAUGAGGCUGUCAAGGAGGACACUGUGCGCGUCCUUGCCGAUCACGCCAUGACGGGGCCGCCAUUGACACCUGAAGCUGAGUACGAGGAUCUGGUCAAGUUGCUAAGUGGAGGCUCGAACCAUUCGGUGGUGAAGAAUGGUGUGUUGCUCGGAAAGCAGUUGGUGGAGUUAGUUGAGGGCGAGGAGGCAGCAUGGGCGAUCCUGGCUGGCUUCUGGGCGGAGAUGAUCCUGUAUGUCGCGCCGUCGAACAACCUGAAAGGGCAUAGGAAGGCCAUUGCCCGCGGCGGUGAGCUGAUCACACUCCUCUGGGCGCUGCUCUUCCAUGCUGGGAUCGUUAGUAGGCCUGAUGGAACCGGCAAUGCUGCCACCACUGGUGGAGGUGUGUAAUGGCCGGCCUAAUUGUUGGGUUUUUGCUAGUGUGCAAAGUGUGCAAGCAUGCUUCUUGUUGAUGUAGUGUGGCAAUAACACUACUUUCAGCAGGGGACUAGGGGAGCCCUAUUGGACCAUAGAAUGGAUGUCACCUUUCACAGUAAUGACAUUUUUGUGAAACUGUAUCUUGCUAGCUAGGUUCAAUAUGAAGUGCAUGUAAAUACGGAUUCACAGUCAUUAGCAGUCUGGUUCAUUGCUUUUCUCUUGUAUAGCUGUGUAAAUCCUGAUAAUACAGAGGCUGGAAUACGAUUCAA